AUGUCAGUUGCAAGUCGAUUGCGUCGUAUGCGCAAACAACCACCUGAAGGUUGGGAUCUCAUCGAGCCUACUUUGGAUGAAUUCGAAGCGAAAAUGCGUGAAGCAGAAACAGAUCCGCAUGAGGGUAAGCGUCGCACCGAAACAUUGUGGCCGAUAUUCAAAAUUCAUCACCAGCGUUCAAGAUAUAUUUAUGACUUAUAUUAUAAACGAGAGGUGAUCAGUAAAGAACUGUAUCAGUUUUGUCUGGAUACGAAACUUGCUGAUGCCAAACUGAUUGCGAAAUGGAAGAAACAAGGCUAUGAGAACCUCUGCUGUCUUCGAUGCAUACAAACCAGAGACACAAACUUCGGCACAAAUUGCAUUUGCAGGGUCCCAAAAAGCAAGUUGGAUGCUGGCCGAGUAAUUGAAUGUGUGCAUUGUGGGUGUCGUGGCUGCUCAGGAUGA